UUGUUAAACUUGUAUGAUUUACACUGCUUUAAAACAUUUUCAACCAAUUAUGCUCCAUUUUAGAUUUAACAUAAAUAGCAACGUAGGUUGCGUUUGUUAAAGAUUUUAAAAAGCGGUUUAAAUCUGCUAGUAUUUGUUUAUGGAAUUAGAAAUGUUCAAACUAUCGAAAUGUGUAGAAUUUUAAAAUGAUACAUAUGGCAUGUUAGAGAGCUAAAGUGAAGUACUAAAGGAAUUAACGACAUGUAUCUGAACUGACCCUAGCAUCAGCAGUUAUGUUAAGUGAAAAAAGCAGUCCAAGAGCCGGGGAGGCACCGAGGGUCCCCAUAUCCUUGGAGGGGGAGAGGCGAAAAGCCAUGAAACUUAUAUUUCGUAUGGAAAAAGAUUCGGAAUUUUUUCGAGAAAAAUGGUUGCUAGAUGUCACCGAUGAAAAUACAGAAGAUUGGGUGGAAUAUGUCAAUCUGGUAAAGAACAAAACCAACAAACAAUUCAGAGAUUACAAAGAGUUUGAAAAAGAGCUCGUUAAGCUGAAAGACGAUCGUGGAUAUCUAGGAAGUAGAGUUGCAACUAUUUCUCAACUUCAAAAAGUUUGUGACAGAGGCAGAGCCUUUGAAGACCUUUACGAUCUGAACUACAAAAGGACAGAGGACGCCUGGAAACAUUACAUGGCCAAAUAUUGCCAUAGUUUCUUCGCUGAGUUAGAAUACCUCGAUGUUGAAUGUGUACGGGAAUACGAAAACAGUAUCAAUGAAUGGCAAGAAGAAAUUCGUAGUUGUUUAAGUGAUGCCGAAAAGGCCAUGAGUAAUAUAACUGAACUCCUUGAUAUUUCAUUCUCAGAAUAUGUAUCCUCCUAUGCGCAUGUGCUACGGUCAAUGCAUAUUAUUCUUGAUUCCUUUCUCUGCGUGAGUGAUCCAUUCAGAAGCUGGGUUACAGCUGACGAAGGCUAUGUUACAAAAAUAAGAAUUGAAAUUGGAUAUUUGCAACGGCAGAAAGGCGUGAUCACUGAAGCGUAUAGAAAGAACAGUUUUAAAAUUCAAGAGACCAAAGCAAAGGAACUACAAACAAGCUUCAGAAACAAGAAACUUGACGAAAAGGUAAGAGGAACCGUCUUCAACCGACAGUUCUGUCGCAAGAGAGAGUUCUCCUUUGUUGAUAAGAUUGAAAUGACCGGAAAUAUUCUGCACGAGAAGAACCUAGAGCUUGAAGAGGCAAUGGCAAAACUACAUUCACGUCCUCUGCAUACUUUGGUCAGGGAACCAUCGGACGGUAUGAAAGACAAGACAGCAAGAUUGCAACACGAGGUGAAUAUGAUAGAGAAAACGUUGAAUCAGAUGAAGCGGGGAAAACGCGACAUGAGGGAAACGAGAUAUAACCUACAGAAAGAAUAUCAUAAACUAAAGGGUGUGUACGAGUCAAACAUAAAGAAAGCUCGUCGACAGAUUGAGGAAUUCCACGAUCAGAAGCAACACGUUCGAGAUACAAACGAUGAACUGAAGACAGUUGACAGAAAGAUAAAGGCGCUUAAACGAAUCAUAUACGUGAAGAAUCAUCCAGCGACAGUGAAGAAAAUAUUCUUUGACGGCUAUUCUCCUGGAGAAAAGAUAGACUAUAGAGGAGGGAUUGACCUUGUUACGAGUUUACAUGAGCCACCAGACACGUUACGAGAGGCGAUAGAUGUCGCUGCUCAAGGUGUCGGCAAAGAUUGGGACAAAAUGUACCAGAAACUUCCAUUCAACCCACCAAGAAACCCGCUUCUACGCUCCCAGGAUCUAGAACUGAUGGAUAUGGACUUUAAGGGCGUUCAUCCACCUACAGAACAGAUGGCGCUGCGUUCUCUAGACAAAUGGACAUCACUCAGCAAAGUGACGUCAGUCAAUGCGCUCGUGCGGACUUUAAAAACGAUAAAGAAAGCAGAAGUUGCAAAAAGAAUCGAGAAAAAAGUGCUGACAGUUGUAAAUUAGGAAUGAAAGAAUAAACAUAAGCCAGUCAUAUUUAUUUAUUCAGUACUAACAGUAACCUUAUGAGGUAUUUGUGACUGUUUGUGCUUUAACAUUACUGUUCAUGAUUGAACGUUAUAACAAAACAUCUUUUAAUUAUUUAAGUGUUUUACAUGUGUUGCGACUUAGGUUCAAAAACAUUUGAAAAGUUUCUGAAAAACGAGCCUGAAAGUAAAAGAAUUUGUGGUUUUCUAAACACGUCAUUAUUUCAUGCUAAGUGCUAAAUGAAACAAAAACAAAUGCGUUUAACUAAAUGAAACUAACAAAUAUGUCAGUUGAUACAUGUAUUUUUACGUUGUAUUGCAAUCCUUACAAAAGAGGGCUUAUGUUCAUCAACGCUCCUAGUCUGAAAUUUUGAUCUGAAAGUUAAAUGUAUAAAGUUUUGUUUUCUUUAUUUAUUUUUUAUAAUGCGUCUAUAUUUACCGAAGAAAAUUACAUAGUAUGAUAGGACUUAUGACUAAACCCAUGCACAGAAAUUUCUGAAGAUAGAAAGAACAAUAACUAGAUAACGAAUUGCUUUCUUUGCCUUUUAGUCUAGAUCUAAAUGUUAGUCAUAAAACGCUGAUUAAUGUUGGCUUGUUUAAAAACAACACGAGGUCGUAAGGAUUUUAAAACAGAACAAACAUGGUUCAUGAAAGGUGUAUGGCUACCCUCAAGUGAAUUUUCGUAUCCAUAGACCAUCGGUCUUCAUGAAUUUUGUACCGGAUUGUUUGGAUGAAGUAGGGAAUACUUGUGACAGAGAUUAUUGUGUAUUUAAAUGUAUACUUUGGUAUCUUUUACAUGUACUUUUUUGUCCGUGGUCAAUUCCAAAAAUGUAAAAAGUGGCAAAUAUCUUUGGCAGGUGUCAAAAUAGCUUUGACAAGAAUAUUUAGAUACUGACCGUAAUUUUUCCAACUAUUUGUAAAUAUAUGUGACAAAUGUAAAUAUAUGCAGUUAUGUUUUAACUCCAAUUGUUAAAGUAGAAAACUGCAGGUUAAUGUUUCAUAUUUAACGAUACCGGGGUACUGGAUAUGUGAUUAUGGUCACAUUCAGUCAAUUGUCUCAGUAUUUAUUUUCAUCGUUAAGUUAUGAAAAUGUAUCAUUAUGCCAUACAAAUAAACACUAAAGUAAUCACAA